GCCAGAAAUGAAAAGUCGAUUCGAGGUCGAUUCGAGGUCCGGGCCGUCGACCAUUAGUCGAAGUCGAUUUCAGCCGCGAAAUUUGCACCAUUUCGAGCAUGCUCAGUUUGAGGCUUGUGGUCAUUACGUUCAAGUCUAGUCGGAAAACAUCCCGUAAACAGAACGUUUAGGACAAGAAACGACACCUUUAGCCAUCGACGUCGAAAUGACAACGAUUGUACGUCGACUAAAAAAUUAAUAAAAAAUGGACAGAUUUUAGACAGAAAUAUUUUAAUUUCAUUAAAGUGCGCCUCAGUCUCAAGAAUUCAGCGAGACGUCUUCACAAACCGGGAUGGCGAGACGACAAUGCUUGAUAUUUUGCUAAGUUCCUUCUGCAGCAUUUGAAUGACCCGCCAUUGGUGAGCUCCAUAAUGCCAACAGUUAAACGUUCAACACAUACUUUCACCGCGUUCAUUUUUACUAUCCAAGGUGCUCAUCUGACAUUUAAUUUUUUUUAAAGGUAUGUCAAACUAAUCAUCUUCAAAUCCCUUCAUGUGAAACAUUUUUCUCGCUAUAAGUUUGUGACAGGUUUUGUUCGUUUGUUGGCACCCAUGUUUGGCUCGGCCGGGCCGCUGGGAGGAGGAGACGCCAUCCGCCAUUGCGUCUUUGUCCCGAUCCGUAGUCUAGUUCGCCGGCAGGGCAGGUGGCCUAAUUACAUUGCCGAGAAACAUGUCUUCGUCCGAUGAGGAGAGCGAUACUCCUUUUGUUGUUGCGAAAUUCCUGCCCACUGAGGAGGAUCCAAAGGAUUACAUUGAUGUCGGUCUAAAAAGUUGGCUGAAGGGUGGAUAUCUAGACGAGAACAUGGAGAUUGAUACAUAUUGGCCUCCUGAGUCGAAGCCUAUCAGCAAUAUGGUGAAAAUGCAGUGCCCCGUAGACCUUUCCUGGAGGGUCUACAGAGUUCAGAUUUUGAGAUUUUAUGAUACCUAUUUGAAGGCCAGAUCUGCGGUGCCUAAGUUUGUUGAAGACUCAAAUUAUGAGACAGAAGCUGAGCCUGCUGCUACAGGAAGAGGUAAAAGGCAGAGGUUUACGCCUGCCUUUCUGGAGAGCUCAGAUGAAGAAAUACCUGUCAAGAAAGCCAACAAGAGUGUGCCAGCUCCACCUCCCAUCAAGUCUGCUUCAACCCCCAAUUCUGCUUCUAUCGUCAAGCCUGCUUCUAUCGUCAAGCCUGCUUCUAUCGUCAAGCCUGCUUCAACCCUUAAGCCUACUUCAACCCUUAAGCCUGCUUCAACCCUUAAGCCUGCUUCUACCCUGACGUCUGCUCCAACCAAGGGACGGAAGGGGCGCCGUUCAACCAAGGAGCUGAGGGACGAGGAACUGAAAGAUACGAUGGAGCGAUUGAAAGCAGCACGAGCUGCUGCUGCCGCCAAAAUGACACUUAAGUCGUCGUCCAAGUCUUCUCUGCUUGGAACAGCACAGCAAGGAACAGCAGGGAGCUCAAGCGUGUCAUCUCAAGGCCAAGUUCUAUCCAAACGUACAUCGAAGACUCCUUCGCCCAAAUCUCCAUUCAAAUCCAAAUCCCUAUCUCCCAAAUCACCAGGGACCUCAAUGAAACCUAAGUGGGAGGUAACCCCAAUGAAAUUGGAAACUUUCAGCACUCCAACUGGCUCUGUUCAUACUCCAGACAGUUAUAUUGAUUGUUCAGACGUACUGGAAGUAACUAUAGAGGAAGGUUCCCCUAUCAAGACUAUGGCUAAACCUGUGUCUCAGCCACACAAGUCUUCCUUAACUAGGACUACUUCAUUCUACAUCUCUUCAGAUAGGCCUUCAACAAGUUCAUCUGUUCACAAUGUUAAUGAACCUCACACUUCUAAAGUGUCUUCUAUGUCUGAUGGACGGCGGAAUUUAUUCUCUGGAAAUGUUAGUCAAGAUGACGGAUUGAAAGUACUACAGACGUCUGUCAGCAGACUAAAUAUUGAUGUUCAUGAGGUAUCGCAAAAGCUUGAUAUGGCCUUGAUGAACUUGGCAAGGAUCCAAAGAAUCCUGGAACCAGGUGCCAGAAGGUUGGCGGUUCCGGUGAACAUGCCAAAUUUACCCUUGAAUACGACUGAAAGCCUGGAAACAUUUGAGAAGUUCCUAAGUGCCAAUGAUUCAAAUCUGUGUGCAGCUGUUAGUAUAUUUGUGGUUCUGGUGUCUCAUUAAGUCUUAUGUUUCAAUAGUUGCUUUUGUUAACGGAUUCUUUUAUUUCCAGGUUGACUUAAUGGGAAAUUACAUA